CACCUUCUGAGGAUAUGGUAUAAAUGAGUUGUUGUUCUAUGUUGUUCGGCACGUGCAACACCCAUGGCCCAUGCAGCUGCAGCUCAGACACAUCGACGAUGCACGGGGGAUCCUUGAGGGCGGAUGAUUUCUUCCCGGAUCCAUAUGAUGCCGUGCUGAAGACUGGACGAUGGAGGCGCUUGCGCGUGCUGGGAAGCGGCGGUUUAGCGGUCGUCUACCUGGCGGAGGACAUGAAGGGAUCCCUGGGCAAAGUGGCACUUAAGGUUCUGCGGUCCCAAGCUCAACCGGUGCAUGCUUUUGAGCUACAUCGAGAGGCCUUUUGGUCUUUGACGAGGCUCCACUGCCGGCAGCAUGUCCGCUAUGAUCCUUUGAGGGCGAAGCUCUUCGUGAAAUAUUUGGAGGACCACACAGGCUUUGAUCGACAGGGAGCUUUGGAGAGCUUCGAGGAGCAUCGGAGGCGGCAUGAGGCAGAGGACUUUGACUGGACCGAGAUCCGAUCGUUUGCCACGAGGCCUUAUGUGGUGAUGGAGUACUUGCCGGGGCAGGUCUUGUGGGAUAUCCUGUCGCAGAGGCUAAAGACUUCACCCAUCACCUCAGAGGAGCGGCAAGCCAUUCUGAUCCAAGUGGCCAAGGCUUGCCUCUAUCUUCAAGAGCACCAGCUGAUCCAUCGUGAUUUGCGGCCGUGCAACCUCCAGCUUUGCCGACGGGGUCGCCAAUGCCAGGUGAAGCUCAUGGAUUUGGGCGUGAUGAUCGCUGUCGGGGCUUCCCGGGUUCAGCGUCGAGAGGACUGCCGAUCAAGCCAGACCCCCCUGGCACCACCACCCCUGGCCGCCGAGCCCGCGUUGCGGGCCUCCUGCAGCUUGGCCGUGCGGGUCUUCGGCGCCCAGCGAAGCCCCAAGGAGGGCUAUGACUGGCUCCCGCCAGAGGU